AUGGCCGCCGGGGGAUCGCUUAAACUGAGCCGGGCAUCUCUGGCCAAAACCACGGUGGGCCACAUUGUGAACCUAAUGUCCAAUGAUUUUUCAACGAAUGUCUGCUAUUUACUCGUAGCGCCCAUACAGACUGGGAUCGCCGUAUAUAUCAUAUAUACGGAGAUCGGUUACUACUGCUUCGUAGGCAUUUAUGGGCAAACUUUUCUCGAAAGUCAGGCUAAUGACCGCUCAGUUAACGGACAGUCGACUGCGGCUCAUGAAUGA